AUGCCUGUGUUUUCAUCGUUGGCAGCGUUCUUCAAGCGCCACAAGCGCAAGAUCAUUGUGGCAGCGUCGGUGGCCAUCUCGACGUACUUCCUCGUCAACGAAUUGGUGAUCAAAAAGUUCCGCAACUUCCAGAAUUCGCUCAAACAGGAACUCAUCUUCAAACAGCAGAUCAAGCAGCGGUUCAUUCAGACACAGCAGGACUGUUACUACACGAUUUUAGCGUUGCUUCCCGUGCUUACAACGCCCGUGUCCGACUAUUUGCCCACCGAGGUAAUCACCCAGGCGCUUAAGGUCAAGAAGCAGCCGCUGGUAAGCAACGCCACCGCUGCGCUGUCUACCGCGGCCAGCUUGACCCAGGACAACUUGCAAUUGCUUGACAAAGCCGACACCAAGUUGCAACCCUACGUCAACAUGCUGAAGGCCGAAUUGUGGCAAAAGCUUAAGAUCAAGACCAUCACUCGCACUCUCACCCUUGCUUAUCUGAUCACGGCGCUCCUUUUGCUUACGAGACUUCAGCUUAACAUUUUAGCCCGACGCCUGUAUUUGGAAGCCGCCAUCCAAAUGGCGGGGGUGAAGCCGCUGCAACCGCCUCAAGGCGACAACCAAGACACUUACGUCACCGAACAAGCAUACUUGCUGUUGUCAUGGUGGUUGUUGAACAAGGGCUGGAAGCAGAUUGCCAAUACUAUUGAACCGUUGGUGGAGGCGAGGUUUGAAGCGAUUAAGCCCAAGCUGGAAUUGGCUAUUGGCGAGUUCCUGCGAUUGUUACUGGAAGUCAUCGAUGACAUCCCCGCCACCGACAUGACGCAACUGCUUUUUCCCACUGCCUACGAUGACUUAAUGGAAACGUUGGCCAACACCAACCCUCAAAUGAUCGACCAGUUGGACCGGCCCGACCUGGGCUUUGUCAAGCUCAUCAACGAGACGACCCUGAUCAUUCUGGACAACGUGUACUGCCUCGGCUUGUUUAAGCUGUUGAUCCACCACAUGUUGGCCACUCUCCAGUACAAUUUGCAAGUGAACUUGGGUGAAGGCGCCAUGGGACACUCGAGUCUCUUGAUGCUGCUGGCGGAAGAUGCGCCGCCUCCCUUGUUUGGCAACGACGACAAAAAGUUCAAGUUGGCGACGUUCUUGGCCCAAUUGUCGGUGCAACUGGGCGUGAUGGCGGACAACAAUAACAUAGUCCACCAGCAGGAGUUGGAAAACGACGACCAGCUCGAAGGGUUCAUUGCCAGCUUAGCCCAGGGCCAAGCCCAAGAUCAAGAAUUGACGGGUAACAUCUACGUCAACACAUUAAACGACUCCGAAGAAUUAGACGACUUUAGCGCCGGUAUCUACUCUAACUUUGAGUAA